GGUGUCCGCUGCAGACGCGAGUCGAGGCCGCGAGGCGCGAUCUCUCCCGGACACCCCUCUUCUCCCUCCCUCCCUCUCUAGGCAGAUGAACCCCCUGGCUGGCCUGUCGCGCCCCAUCCUCACUAUUCCCGGCCCCAGACUCCAUCCCAUCACAUCGCCCUCCCCCCGACUCGCAGCCCUUUCUCAUCCCCUCUUCCUCUUGCCCGCGCCUUCGUGGGUGUUGCUAGGGCAGCUGGCACCUCCUUUCCCCCCGCAUCCCUUCACCACCCUGACCCCUCUUCAUUCCUUGUCUUCCGGUGUCUUCCCCGAGUGCUGCCGAGGCUUCCCCAGCAUGGGGGCGUGUGUGCAUGAGAGAAGGGGUGGGGACCAAGCCCCAGAGCAGACAAGGGAUUCAGUUUCUCUGGCCCCACCUCUUUGGCCCGGAUUCUAAUGGGCCUGCGCUUCGGGUAGAGGCCAGAUCCCACCCCCUACCCUCCUUGAUGUUCCCAGAAGGACCAGGUGACCACCGAACAGUUGCCUUGGUGCUUCAUUUGGCCUUAGCUGGACGACUCUGGACCCUUUCUGGGGGGGAUCACUUCCCGUCUGCACCUAAGAGAGAAAGGUAAUCUGGAACCCUCAAAAUGUUUGCCAAAGCAACAAGGAAUUUUCUUAAAGAAGUUGAUGCUGACGGUAACCUGAUUUCUGUAUCAAACUUAAAUGACUCUGACAAGUUACAACUUCUAAGUCUGGUGACCAAAAAGAAGAGAUACUGGUGCUGGCAGAGACCCAAGUACCAGUUUUUAUCUGUCACCCUUGGAGAUGUACUCACAGAAGAUCAAUUUCUGAGUCCAGUGGUCGUGGAGUCCGACUUUGUGAAAUACGAGGGCAAGUUUGAAAACCAUGUGAGUGGGUCCAUUGAGACCAUUCUGGGGAAGGUCAAGCUGAACAUUGGAGGCAAAGGCCUGGUGGAGAGUCAGUCCUCGUUUGGAACCCUGAGGAAGCAGGAGGUGGACCUGCAGCAGCUCAUCAGAGACGCGGCCGAGAGAACAAUAAAUCUGAAAAACCCAGUGCUGCAGCAGGUGCUGGAGAGGAGGAAUGAGGUCCUGUGUGUCCUGAUACAGAAGAUCGUGACGACACAGAAGUGUGUGAUAUCUGAGCACGUUCAGAUCGAGGAGAAGUGCGGUGGCAUGGUGGGGAUCCAGACCAAGACGGUGCAGGUGUCAGCAAUGGAGGACGGGAAUGUCACCAAGGACACCAACGUGGUGCUGGAGAUCCCAGCUGCCACCACCAUUGCGUAUGGAAUCAUUGAAUUGUAUGUGGAGCUGGAUGGCCGCUUUGGUGAGUGCUGCCUCAAAAACCCAAGUUUUUCAUCUGUUUCAUUAUAUUUCAGGCUUCAUCAUCAAGACAAGCAGCACUUUGUCAGUAUUGCACAGUGCUGUCUCAGAGGCUCUUUCUCUACAUGGCAGAGCCACAUGAUGCCAGGGGGAGAGGGGCAGGACUCGGGAGGUGCCUGCAGCAGUUCCUUUUUCUCUUCACCAUGUUGUGUUUUAAAAAGCUGGUUUCUUUUUUGUUGCAGUAGAAGGAGGAGAUGGGCAAGGAAAAGGAGAAACAAGUGGUUAGCGUCUCUGCUCCUGGAGAGGAACUUCCGCCCCUUUGUGGAACUGCCAGAGCAGCAACAGAAAGCUUUGCACAACCUCCUCCUGGUGGUCUUGUUUGAUGAGGAACUCCUCAUGGUCUUGGAGCAAGUGUGUGACGACAUGGCUGGUGGUGUCUGCUCCCUGCAGGCAGCACAGGCAAUGGCGGAGCUGAAGCCCCCUCAGCAGCAGGACCUCACAGCCUUCCUGCGGCUGGUGGGGUGCAGGAUACAGGGCGAGCAUCCUGGCCCUGAGGAUAAGGUCAGCAAUCAGAAGCUCUUUGCCACAGCCUACUUCUUGGUCAGUGCACUGGCAGAAAUGCCAGAUAAUGCUGUAUCUCUACUGGGCACUUGCUGGAACCUGAAGAUUAUUCCUGCACUGUGCUACUUGUUCCAUGCUUUGUCUGAUAGUGGAGUAUCUGAUCUUGAAGAUCCAAUUUUGGCUCCUCUGAAAGAUACAGAGAAGUUUGGGAUUGUGCAACGCUUAUUUGCCUCAACCAAUAUUAACCUGGAGAGACUACAGUCAUCUGUGAAAGCUGUUGUCCUGAAGGAUUCUCAUGUUUUCCCACUAAUUCUCUGUAUUACCCUGAAUGGACUCUAUACUUUGGGCAAAGAACAUGAGUAAUGCCAUUUGUCAAUCAGAAGCAUAUAAUAUUGGCAAAGCUAAGUAUGUUUCAGAAUUGUUAAUAUACUAAUUUGGGAUUUAGGUCUAAUGCAUGUUAAAAGUUGAUCAAUGAAAUGAAUUAAAAAAGACAUUAAGUGGUGACUUUCUGCAUUCUGAAUGACACAAGUGACUCUUUAAACAUUAGAAUCUCUCCUAUGCUGGUAAAUGGCAGAUACCCACAUCCAAGAUAGAUUCUAGGACCUGAGGAGAGUUGAGAUUCCAACCUAGUGUACAUUCAAACCUUUAUUUUUUCCCCAGAAUAAUGGUUCCAUCUAUCACUUUCUUACAUUUUCCACUUUGUUACAUGUGAACACAGAAUAGUCUGACAUUUUAAUCCAAAAAUUCAUUUUAAAUUUUGACUGCUGUGGGAAGAUAAUUUCUUGUUACAAAAUUGGCUAUGUAUUGGAUGUACUGUACAUAUUUGAUGAUUAAAAAAUAAACUGUAAAUGUUCCGGGAGUAUUCUUCUGCAAAACAAAAUUUUACUAAUGAAACAAAACAAAUUCAAUACUAAUAUUAAAAAAAAAAACCCUGCCUGGGGGUUCUAGCUGUAUCUAUUUUAUUUGACCUUGCCUUGUUUUGAUGAAUAUGCUAAUUCUACAUCUAGUACAAAGUUCCUAUGCAUGUAGUAAUUUAACUUGUCAUUGCUAUACUUUCUAUCCAAGGAAAAUUUGAACUUAAAUUUUUUUUUUUUGCUUUUUAUUCUGUUUUGACUUCUUUCUAUCAUAAAUAGCUUAGACUGCAUCCCCAAGAGGUUCUAUCAACAGGAUCUGCUGCAAUAUAUCUGGAACCUGGAGCCACUAAAGAUGAGGAAGAGCAGUGGUUAGGGAAGCAUAUUGCUCAGCACAUUUCUUUUUUUUAACCUCAACUUUGUACACUAAUUUGUCUGGAGACAUCUGAAAUACAUUAGUCCCCUUCUUCCCCUCAGAGUUUAAUGAACAUUAACAAAGAAAAUAUAAAGCAAACACCUUUUCAUCACUCAUUAAAAGAUGAGAUUAUGCCUUAUGCAAAUGCUUAUUCUAUGUAGGGGGAAAAGAAAUAAAGUACAUUGUGGUGACAACUAUACAAAAAUAAUUACCUUAUGUACAAGUUGGACAGGAAUAUGCAAAAUGAGAGCAAUAUUACUAAAUGUGUAUUUUUAUUUGCCAUGUUUUCUGAAGUUAAAUAAAGAACUGCAAAUAAUGUA